ACGUGCACGUUACGCAGCUCACGUGACCAAAAACAACAAAACAUGGCGGAUGUCGAAGAAACGAAGUCCCAAAGUGGACUGUUAAAUAGAAUAGCUCAAAUGGUUUAUUACAACAAGAGCGAAAUCACUGAAGAGUUACUGAAAGAUGAACUUUACCCGGAAAUGUCACGCGAGGAGUUCAAGGCUUUGUACGACAAGAUGAAAGGUCUUCUAAAGUCCAUCGCCAUAGCAGACAUGGACCACAGCCAGCUGGAGGCCUUCCUCACAGCUCAGACCAAGAAGCAGGGUAGCGGUCGGGUGAGUGCAGAGCAGGCUGCUGCCCUCUCUCGCUUCUGGAAGAGCCAGCGAGUGAGGGUGAGGGAGAGCUUACUGGCCCAGAGUCGAUGGGAGACCACUCUCAAGGGUCUGUCCUGGAGAGUGGACCUUCAGGCGGCUGACAACCUUAGGAACUCCGACCACAGUGACCCAGUUGCCCUGAUGGAGCUGGAGCUUGGCAGAGAUGGGCAGGACUCUGAGUUCUUGUGUUUGGAGUUUGAUGAAGCCAGAAUGAACCAGAUGUUGAAGAAGAUGGCUGACAUCCAGGAGAGCAUCGACAGAGUUGUUCACCAUGCCUGAAACUCCAUGAGAAUCCUUUGGACCGGGAGUUAAUAGAGUUUUGAACACGCCCAUACUGGUUCUCUGCUGUGGUUGUUCUUCCUUCUUCAGCAGCAUUUCACAGAAACAUGAGCUGUUAAGAUCCUCAGUGACCAGACGGUGUUUGCACAUGAAGGACAGUGUAAACAACAGAAGAUUACCAUAAAGUGCAGCAACAGCACACACUUCAUUCUUACAUAUUUACUGAUUGUUUAAAUGAAAAAGGUCCGGGGGCAGGAUUUAGUAGCCGUGGCGCAGCGCCGCUAUUGAGCCUACUGUAUGUAAGGGAAACACUGCAGUAGUAUCAGUUGGGGACUGUUAAAUAUUCAUUAUUCAAAAUAUUCUUUCCUUCGAUUCAUAAAUCCACUCGUGUUAGCAGAAAAUCAAAGCUCUAAUUGGUGUCUUCUUAUGUAGUUCUGUGAUGGAAAGUAUGAAAACUGUUAUUUCAAUUCAAUGUUUUUAAUGCAAAGAGAUCUGAAAACACAAGAAAAAUGUUGUUCACCAGGUAUGAGUCAAUAAAAUCAGUUGUGUUGGCAAACA